AUGAAGCUGUCUGCCCUUUUCGUCUUGGCGGCGAGCUCGCUCGCGCUCGCCGAUGACCCGAGCAAGUGCAAGGCCGCCGAGAAGAAGGACGCCGCCAACUUCGUCCUCGUCGACCAGGGCGUCAACAAGCACCUUGCGCCGCUGUCCAAGAUCUUCACCAACGCCAAGAAGAGGGCCAACGUGUCGGACGUCUUCAACGAUGGCAACCACAAGAUGGCCGGCUCCGCGACCAAGCUGUCGUGGGAGAAGACCAAGGACUACAACGACAUGGACACCAACAAGUGGGUGCCGCAGGGCAUCUCCUCGACGGCCGACGCCCUCGAGGUGGGCACGUACGACGGCAAGGACGGCUGGCUGGUGAGCUGGUACAGCGACUCGACCAAGCAGGUGCGCAUCAGCUUCGUCGACAAGAAGACGAACAAGUAUCGCAACGCACUGCUCGUGUACCCCUCCGCCGAUGACGACUUCAAGGGCGUUGGCAUCCACGCCGGCGGCAUCAUGUGGUACGGCGACACGCUGUGGGUCGUCGACACUUCCAACGGCAUCCGCGUCUUCGACAUGAGCAACAUCUGGGAGGUCGGCUCCGGCGACAAGGUCGGCAAGGUCAGCGCUGGCAAGUACUCUGCUGCAGGCUACAAAUACGUCAUUCCCCAGAAGAGCUGGUACAAGUGGACUCCCAAGUUCGAGUUCCGCUUCUCGUACAUCGCCCUCGACCGCACCGCGUCUCCCGACCGCCUCAUGGUUGGCGAGUACCAGAAGGAGGACGCCAAGCCCAAGCGUCUGGUCCAGUACGAGCUCGACGCCAGCACCCGCGGCCUGAAGACCGGAGCCGACAAGAAGACGGCCAAGGCCGUGUGGGCGUCGUGCGUCAACAUCCUGCGCAUCCAGGGCGCCGUCCAGGCCGACAAGAAGAUCUACAUCUCUCGCAGCAACGGCGCCAAGGCUGGCGAUCUCUGGGGCUGGAUUCCCGGCAAGGGCGCGCGCAACAAUGCCGGCAUGCUGCCGACCAGCCCAGAGGACCUGAGCUACGACAAGAGGGGCAAGAAGCUCUACGGCCUCACCGAGGCUGCUGGCAAGCGCUACAUCCUCACGCUUGACACCUCCAAGGUCAAGUUCCCUUAA